GGAGCUUAAAGCUUCUCCAUCGGAUACACUCUCGCGGACGGUCGCACUUCGCCCUCAGUUCCGCCAUGCAAGCCAUUUCAACAUCGGAGAGUGGAUCUCCUGCAGAGGGAGUACAGUCGCAGCAACCAACGAAGUCCAGCAAGCAGAGAUUCAAGCCACAACUGUCUUGUACAUUCUGCCGAAACCGAAAGUUGAAAUGCGACCGUCAACUGCCGUGCGAGAACUGUGUGAAACGAAACUCAGCUUCAACGUGUACUUACGUUCAUGGACAGCGGGAGAGAUCUUCCCAAGUCUCGAAGUCAAGCAAUGCACCCAAAGAUGUCCAAAGUCAGGUUCGACAUCUGGAAGAACUGGUGAUCUCUUUGAUGAACAGGACCGCCAAGAAUUCAGCGCUAUCUAGCAAACCACAACCACCCAUCACGCCCGAUGAAUCGACCAUAUCAACUUCGUCGAAUGCAACCACCCCGUCAUCUGAUCAAGUCGCCAACAGCGCUGUGGACACUGAAGAAUCCUUUGGGCGAAUCAGCAUUGAAGACAACCAAUUAAACUAUGUGGGCCAGAGUCACUGGGCCGCUAUUCUUGACAAUAUUUCUCUCCUGAAAGAUCAUCUAGGAGUCACAGAAGCCCCUCAAAAGGAGACUAAUCCUGCCCUAGGCACACAGGGACCCGAUUUACUAGUCGGCGCCGUCCGGUCUGCUACCAGGGCCGAAAUUAUGGCGGCGCUGCCGUCACGUUCUGUCAUGGAUGUUCUAGUGACGGAAUUUCUGUCGGUCCCAGAUAUGGGAUGCGCCUUGUUUCAUGUUCCAAGCUUUAUGAGAGAAUACAAGAGAUUUUGGGUCAAUCCUUCGGCCAUGCCAAUAAUGUGGAUCGGCUUGCUCUUCUGCGUCCUGUCACUUUCGGUACAGUUUUGGACGCUGUCAAAUAAGUCUCUCUCAGGCAUCCUGACUGAACAGGCAAUCCGAGACCCUGAAGAUGCAAUUAACAACUACCGUGAGAAGACAGUUCAAUGUUUGGUACUCGGAAACUACACUGAACCCGGGCCCUAUACUGUAGAAACCCUCCUGCUUUACUAUGUCUCCGAUCAUUUUCGAAGCUCCGAUGCUCAAUUUGGCACGUGGAUGGUAUUUAGCCUUGUUGUCAGAGCAGCUAUGAGACUAGGCUACCAUCGAGAUGCCUCUCACUUCCCCAAAAUCUCAGCGUUUCGAGGAGAGAUACAGCGUCGACUCUGGCAUAUGAUUGUUCACCUCGAUCUCAUCAAUUCCUUGCAGGUCGGACUCCCUCGGAUGAUUAGGGACAAUUCAUUUGAUACUCAGGAACCACGGAACUUGCUAGACGAAGACUUUGAUGAGAACACAACCCAGCUUCCACCAGCAAGGCCAAAUAAUGAGCUGACGUCCAUUGUAUAUUCGAAUGCUAAGCACAACACAACAAAUGUCUUCGGAAUGAUUGUUGAUCAAUCUAACUCGACAAAUCCAAUCUCCUACGAGGAAGUUAUGAGACUGGAUAAACUUCUUCAUGAAAGCCAAGCACGGCUUCCUGAAUCACUGAAGGUUCUGACGAUCGAAGACUUGAACUCAGGUGUACUACAAGAUAGAAUCCGGAAAUUUUCCAUUGACCUUACAUUCCAGAAAGCUCGGUGCGUUCUACAUAGGAAAUGGUUCUUCCCGAAGAAAUCUACGGCGAUUUAUCCAUACCCAUAUUCGAUGAAAACUUGUCUCGAUGCUUCAAUGCGGAUUCUGCAAACUCAAAUCAUGAUAAAUGACGAGACAGCUCCAGGAAAAGCAUUGCACGAUCACAAGUGGAAGACAUCGUCUCUAAUAACUCACGACUUUUUACUUGCAGCUAUGCUUCUUUGCCUCUACUUGGGUUAUUCCCUUGCAGCUGAAGAGGCAGAACAAGCCAACAUGCAGACUGAUACUGGGAUUCGAGUCCAAUGGUCGAGGGAUGAUAUACUUCGGGAUUUGCAAAGAUCCUACCUCAUAUGGGAGGAGAUGAGUACUACCUCGAAGGAUGCUAAGAAAGUCGCGAAGGCUCUCAAAGCUAUGCUAGCGAGAGUGCCGAGUCCUGCCGCUCCAAGCGCAAAUGGCAUUCGUCAAGAGGCCUUCAAACUAGCCUAUACCGCUGGCGCGCCAUCUUUAUCGAUGUACACGCCAGUUCGGCAGUCACCGCAGAACAUUCAGAAUUCAGCAAACAUAGGAAUCCAGUGGAUGACCCCUCCUAUCUCGACUCCACCAAACCAUACAUCAUCGGGCCCUCCGCAAUUUCCCCAGAACAUGAGUAGCAUGGAUACAAUGGAGCUAGACUGGGAACUAUGGGACAAUACCUUCAAUACAAAUCUCGCUGAAGGAGACACACCUCCAGAGCUCUGGAAUUUCGAUACUAAUUUCUCUCUCCCGGACCCUAAUGCAAACUUCAUGAAUGGGACCAGCAGCUUUGACCUUGAAAAAGAAUGGCCACUUUGAGGCGCAGGGGGAUUACUUUUUCCAUCGGUUAGCUGGUCAGAUGGUCGCGGGAGUGAUGCGGGGGGCGGGGUUAAAGGCGUUAUUGCGGGUAUGGAGUAUGGCCGGCGUUCUCAACCAAGGGUACAGCAGCGACAUAUCGCCGGGGACUGCGAGCUAUGUCCGAGGGAGAUCCCUGAGACAGAGUUGCAUCGAGGCAUACCUAGAAGAUCCCCCCUCAAUCACUCGAAUAUCACGCAUAUAACUCAACCAGACAAGGUCCAUUUCAAGUCCUACAAGUCAUGAACCCCACGUGUCCGAGCGAUUCAAAAGAAACGCGUUUUAGAAGUGUCUAUUCUCUUUGCAGUUCCUGAGCAGAUAGCAGCUUGC